AUGAUAUCCAUUCCAUUAUUCCUGGUCGAUGCUGUUGGGGAAAUCAAGGAUACCUUAAAUAGCUCUGUGGCCCCCCUUCUUCUUCUGCCCGCCUACUAGAGCAUCAAAGCCAUCAUUAUCACCAGACUGAUCAGCAGAGCUUUCUUGUCCUCUCUUGUUCCAGCAUUGUGUCUUCAUGUCAAACUCCGCGCGACCCUCACGACGCCAGCUCUACCAGCUCAACGGCGCCAGGGCAGGUUGGAUCACCCUCCGCAACGGUAAUGUGAUCUAUGUCGAGUACAACAAUUGGACGAACACAAACACGGAAUUCCUCCCUCAUCUUCGAGCUGCUUUGGAAUACAUUGCUGCCAGAGUUGCUGAGCGUUCACAUGAAACCGGUCAUGUUUUCAAUCACAUCCAAAUUCGGUCUAUGUUCCACCCCACGACACUAGUGGACGGCGAGCGGGUCAUGGACCCUGGCGGUUUGCACAUGACGUUUGAUGCGAGGGCGGUCCUCCCAAAUGAAGUUGUGGCUCACGACUGGCGGUCUGGACAUGCCUAUAUCAGGGGUUUCCCUCCAACCACACGCCACGCGGACCCAGACAACUUCUAUCAUCAAGUUGAGCUCGAUCACAUUUCGUGGAGAGAUGGCAUGGUGGAAACAUCUUCGGGAUCAUCCCAUGGGACCACCCCUCGUGGAGGUAGUCCUGCAGGCGGCAGUUCAGGAGGGAGUCCUCGAGGCGGCGGCUCUGGAAGCAGUGAGGGUAAGUCGGACGGCUCUCAAUCGGGCUCGGCAACCAAGUCCGGAACCCUGUCGAACAGCAGCCGCCUUGGCUCGGCAAACAAGUCCAGCACAGUGUCGGGCAGCAGCCACUCUGGCUCCGCCAAUAAGUUUGGAAGUAAGGCGAGCGGCUCCCAAUCGGGCUCGACAACCAAGUCCGGAACCCUGUCGAACAGCAGCCGCCUUAGCUCGGCAACCAAGUCCAGCACAGUGUCGGGCAGCAGCCACUCUGGCUCCGCCAAUAAGUCUGGAAGUAAAGCGAGCUCCGGUCGCCGUUAAACCCCAACACCUCGUGUCAAGCAUCUUCUGGUCCUUGGUUGGUCAACUGACCCGGUGGGAGUUGGAAUACGGAGUCCGCUGGCUCGGAUUUCGUAGGGCAAGAUAGAUAUUAGAUACUAGGUGUUGUUUUUCCGUCAUUCAAUAGAUCAGCGCUGGUACGCUUGAAC